AUGACGUUUAGCCCAAGUCAACCUAUCCCGACAGGGAGACAAGAAGGGACAGCCCGUGGGCUUGCGGCUUCGUUUGGGACCUCGUUCCGUUCUCCGUCGCCUUUGGCUCACGAGUCUCUCGCGCGAGACUUGGAGGAGUGCUCGGAUGGUGACGACAAGGAGGUUGGCCUCAAAAGGGAGGAAGAUGGAAGCGACUCCGAGGGUGGUAUUGGGCCCUCGCUGUACCGGGCCCCUAGUGGCAUUGCUUUUGGGGCUACGAGGCCUUCUUUGAGCCCGGGAGGCUUUGACGAGGCACCCCUCACCCGGCUGGAACGGACACGUAGCCUCGAAGAAGAGCGCUCGCUGCUUCAUGACAACCACAUCCUCCCGAACAAGGAACAAGUCGCCCACUUCCAAGGCCCCCUAGGUGCCAUAUACAGGCGGAUAUUCGGCAUCAGUUUGCCGCGGCAGCCGCCUGAUGCGGAGGCUCCUCGGAUUGUCGUCGGCUUGUCCGAGACUUCGCCCUUGCUCGGAAAAAGCGUCAGUAUACGCUCGACCCCGGAAAACCUUAAAAGACAAUGGGAGGAGGCAGUCGCCGCGGGACAAAUCAAGACGACAUGGCAGAGGGAGGCUAGAACUAUAGCCGUGUACUCGAGGUCUCUGGUGGUCACCUUCUUGCUGCAGUAUUCGCUCAACGCCACACCCAUCUUCACAGUCGGCAGGCUAGGCACGCUCGAGCUCGGCGCUGUCUCGCUCGCCUCCAUGACGGCAAAUAUUACCUGUUACUGCCCAAUACAGGGCCUUGCGACCAGUCUCGACACCCUCUGCGGACAGGCCUAUGGGUCCGGGCACAAGCAACUCGUCGGAUUGCAGUUGCAGAGGAUGAUAUACUUUCUGCUUCUGAUCCUCGUGCCAAUUGCGGCCAUCUGGCUGAGUGCCGAGCCAAUACUGGCCGCCAUGAUUGAGCCACAGAGUGCUGCUCUUGCGGCUUCCUACCUCCGCAUCAUUCUGCUAGGGGCUCCCGCCUAUGCCGUCUUCGAGGCCGGCAAGCGAUUCGUGCAGGCACAGGGCUUGUUCCAUGCGACAACAUAUGUGCUUCUCGUUGCCGCGCCCACCAACAUAUUGCUAAACUGGCUGUUCGUCUGGAAGCUCGGAUGGGGAUUCAACGGAGCGCCGGUGGCGGUGGCAAUCACGCAAAACAUGCUUCCCCUGUUUCUUUUCCUGUAUGUCUGGCUGGUCGAUGGCUCCGAAGCAUGGGGUGGGUUCAGGCGCGCCGCAUUCAGGAACUGGGGGCCCAUGGUCAGGCUCGCUCUGCCUGGCAUGGUCAUGGUGGUGGCCGAAUGGUUUGCAUUUGAGAUACUGACGCUCGCCUCGGGGAGGAUUGGCAUCGAGUACAUGGCGGCUCAGAGCGCCUUGGUGGCAGUGACGAGCACGCUCUUCCAGAUCCCGUUCCCGCUCUCCGUCGCCGGAUCGACCCGAGUCGCCAACCUCAUCGGGGCCCAGCUCGUGGAUGCUGCGAAGACGUCUGCUAGAGUGACAUUUGCCAGUGGGCUGAUCGUGGGGCUCUUCAACUUGACGCUCCUCUUGAUUUUCAGAAAUCACAUUCCAGCGCUAUUCACUCGUGACAGUGAAGUCAUCGAGCUGAUAGCCAAGACACUCCCUAUCUGCGCCGUCAUGCACUUGUUUGACUGCGUGGCUGCCAUGUCGCAUGGGCUGCUACGUGGCAUUGGCCGCCAGGAGUUUGGAGGUUACGCCAAUCUGGCGUGCUACUACCUAGUUGGCUUGCCAAUAUCACUAGGGCUUGGAUUUGGCCUUGAUUGGGAGAUCACAGGCUUGUGGACUGGCGUCACGUUUGCCCUCUUUCUUGUCUCUAUGGUCGAAUAUUGGUUUAUCUGGGCUUCUGACUGGGACCGAGCUGCCCACGAAGCCGAGACAAGAAACGCAGCCGGAUAG